UUCGACUGAACCGUCGUCAGCAGUAGACGCCUAAUGGCAGAUACUACCUGCUCUUCUUCGGGAAGGUGAUUUGAAUGAGCUGGAUGUAAAUGACAGUGCGCCACUGCAUUGGAGGUCCAGAUUUGUGUCCGCGUGAGAGAUAGAGAUAUAUAUAGCAGCGCGCGACCUGAAAACGGUGUUCUCGAGGAGCUGACACAAAAUAGCUGCAAUAAACUACAUCAGUGCUCAGGUUGGGUCUCAAAGUUAUCAGUGACUAUUUCAGAGAUGCACAUUGUUCUCUGCAAGUCACACGGAGUUGUCGUGUAUUACCGCAUCCUGUUCUGAGGGAGAGACAGACAGCCGUCGGGCGAGAGCAGCUGCUAUGACAGGGGUGGGGGCAGAGGAUGACAUCCCUCUCUGUGAGAGGAAAACCGUCACAGACUUCUGCUAUCUCUUGGACAAGUCCAAACAGCUUUUUAAUGGCUUGAGGGAUCUGCCUCAGUAUGGACACAAACAGUGGCAGUCUUAUUUUGGCCGAACCUUUGAUGUAUACACCAAGCUGUGGAAGUUUCAGCAGCAGCACAGACAGGUUCUGGACAACCGGUAUGGUCUCAAGAGGUGGCAGAUUGGCGAGGUUGCCUCAAAAAUUGGCCAGCUUUACUACCAUUACUACCUCCGCACAUCAGAAACGAGCUACCUAAAUGAAGCCUUUUCUUUCUAUUCGGCCAUUCGUCAACGAUCAUACUACCAUCAAGUCAACAAAGAAGACAGGCCGGAGCUUGUGGUAAAAAAGCUGAGGUAUUAUGCUCGCUUUAUCGUUGUUUGUCUGUUGCUAAACAAGAUGGAGCUGGUUAAAGUUUUGGUCAAGGAGCUUUCAGAGGAGAUUGAAGAAUACACCCAACGCUUCAACACAGAGGACCAGCUAGAGUGGAACCUGGUGCUGCAGGAGGUGGCUGCUUUUGUGGAGGCAGAUCCACUUAUGAUCCUGAAUGAUGACAACGUUGUGGUAGUCAUAUCCAAUCGGCUGCAGGAGGGGGGCAUGCCCCCUCUUGAACAGGGCAUGGUGGUGGGCCAGCUCACCUUGGCAGAUGCACUCAUCAUUGGAAACUGUAACAAUCAGGUGAAAUUUAGUGAGCUGACCAUCGAUAUGUUUCGAAUGCUUCAAGCCCUUGAACGCGAACCAGUCAACCUGGCCACGCAAAGCUCCAAGCCAGGGACACUUGUAAGAGAAGACUCUUACACUCUCCCUGUCACUCUCUAUGAGCCCAAUGAAAAGCCAGCCAAGAGAGAGAAUCCUCAUAAAUAUCUACUCUACAAACCAACCUUCAGCCAGCUUUACACUUUCCUGUCUGCCUCCUUCAAGGAGCUGCCAGCCAAUAGUGUUCUGCUGGUGUAUCUAUCUGCCACUGGAGUUUUCCCCACUGGAUGCUCAGACUGUGAUGGACCAUAUGACUUUGGUGGUGUCCUGACCAAUACUAAUCGAGAUGUGGUAAAUGGGGAGACAGUGCAGAAGAGAAACCAGGCACAAAAAGAGAUGCACUGCCUACACCCAGGAGACCUAUUCCCCUUUACCAGGAAACCUCUGUUUAUCAUUGUCGACUCAUCCAACAGCACAGCUUAUAAGAAUUUCUCUAAUUUAUUCGGCCAGCCGCUGGUAUGCCUGAUGUCUCCGACAGUGUAUCCGAAGAGCAUGCAAGACCAGUCUCAGCGUGGGAGUUUGUUUACUCUCUUCCUCUACAACCCCAUCAUGGGCUUCCUGUCUGUCUGUGGACUGACCAGCAUGCGCUAUGGAUUGUGGGAAAAGGCCCAGGAAAUCCUGCGGAAGGUUUUCCUUGACAUCGGCCAGAUGAUCACCAGUUCUCGAGUCGUAGAUCAAGCAUACCUGCAGUUUUAUGGAGAUGAGUUUCUGCGUCUGCUGAUGAUCCGUUUCGUGUUCUGCUGCAUCACGCUCAGAUUACACAAGCUCUUCCGGGAAACAAGGAGUUUUCCAGAAUCGUACCCUCCACUGCCUAAACAGGAGAUGGUGGAGAGCAGCCUUCUACAGAAACAUGUACUCGAGCUGGCAGCCAUGUUGGAUGUGCAAAAUCUCUUCUGUGAUGGCAUGUUGGAAAACUAUUGACCACUUUGUGACACCAUGCCAGACACACACACACACACACACACACACAGACAGAGAGAGAGGCUCAUGCAUCGCAUACACAAGUUGUAGGUAGUUUCUUCUGAAUAAACUUGCUGGUUCUUAAACCUUUAAACCUUUAGAUCUAGAUAGUUUAAUAACUAUUCAAGGGACAUGUCUCAUCUUUGUGGGCAGAUAUUUACAGUUUGUCAAGUUCACAUCUAUUUCUAGAUUUUAAGGAACUACACGCACACAGAUGUAAGCAUAGCUCCCGACAUACAGGAGAACACAUUGAUUAAAGUCAUGCAUGUACUGUAUGGUUAUAUGCUCGUUCAGACCUGUUGAGGGCAGCUAUCGCAGUUUCUGAAGGUGUUCAGAAAGCACAAAAUAACAAGGGUUAUUAUUAGGGCCAAUAACAGAUUGAGAGAUGAAAAAAACUGGGAAACAAUUUUUUUAUGUCAGUUGACAUAAAAAAUUGUGAGAUUGUAAAGUCCUAAGGCUUUUGCAAAACACAUUUAGCAGAAGGAAAGCUUCUCAACACUUUUGCCUCUUCAACGUUUACACAAAUUUAUCAUCAGGAGCGCGCUGCAUGUUUGCAUUAAUUUGCUCCGAUGUUGAUGUUUAAAAAAAAAAAAACUUUAUGCCUUUUUGUUUGUUUUUGCUCAUUGAAAUUUGUUACGUUUUUUUCCAUCUUACACAAAUUUCUGUGGACUUGAGCUUUGCCUUUUGAUGAGGUUCACUGUGCUGUGCCUCUUUUUUGUUAUUUCAGUCAUCAGCUAACUGAUCCUUAAUGAAUUGCUAUGCUGCAAACCGGAUCUUCAUUUUAUCAACAGUUUCUUCAGAAGAGAUAAUUUUUAGCAUGCCUCAGUAGUGUGGUAAGCCCAUACUUGCAUAGCUGAUGUAAAAACCUAAUGUCUAAUUCCAUGUGUGCAUUGGACAAGAAAAGCCAACAAAGUUCUCUUUUAAUAAGGUCACAGAUUAAAGGCUAAUAUUCCUGUAAAUAGGUAAAAAAAAAAUGUAUAUAUAUAUAUAUAUAUAUAUAUAUAUAUA